GUUCGGCAUACGAGUGAGAUUUUAAUUGCGGCUUCGAUUAUUUCUCUUCUCUGUAUUGAUUUUUUGACAUCGAUAAAUGUAUGUAGAUAGCGAUGUGACCCGAGUGGAUAAUAAAUAAGAACAGCGAGAGGACCAUGGCACCUAACCAACGUCAACGACAGCUCGUUUUAUCAAAGAAAGAAUUGAAAAAGAUCAAUGGAAGGAGAUUCUCAAAGCCAGAAGAGUCUUCUGACGUCGGACUUGUUUAUCCCAGCUAUGACACAGCUUUUAAACUGUUGCUAUCGGCGAGAUUUUGCUCUGCUGUAUGGUGUCACAUAACAGAUUGCGAUGAAACAUACAAUUACUGGGAACCAAGUCAUUACUUGCUCUACGGAACAGGCCAGCAAACGUGGGAGUACAGUCCUGAAUAUGCCUUACGUUCGUACAUGUACCUAUUAAUCCACAUGGUACCGGCGAAGGUCUAUCAUUACCUAUUGGAACCAAAUUCCGCGCUAGUUUUCUACUUUACGCGAUGCUUCCUAUCGGUGGGUUGCACAUUGUCUGAAGUAUACUUUUACAAGAGUGUCUGCCGCGAAUUCGGGAUCCACGUGGCGAGACUCACACUAGUAUUCCUCAUUCUCAGCUCUGGGAUGUAUAUCGCCAGUGCCGCAUUUCUACCGUCGUCUUUUUCAAUGUAUCUGAGUACCGUUGCUACAGCAGCUUGGUACGCUCGCCAGUAUGAAUUGGCUAUUUUUGCUACCGCUAUCUCCUCGUUGCUUGGCUGGCCAUUCGCUGCGCUGCUCGGUCUUCCCCUCGCCGCUGAGAUGUUAAUACACAAACGAGACUGGGUCAAAUUCAUAAAGUGGGUCAUUAUAUCCGCCGUUGUAAUUGCGAUACCGAUGGUAUGGGUGGAUUCCUUGUACUUCGGCAAACUUGUCGUCGCGCCAUUGAACAUCAUACUCUACAACGUUUUCACCAACCACGGGCCUAAUCUCUAUGGCACCGAGCCGUUCAGUUACUACAUCAUCAAUGGAUUCUUGAAUUUCAAUUUCGUCUUUAUCGGCGCGUUGCUCGCACCCUUGGGCUUAUUUUUAGUAUGGCUGAUCGUGCCGGCACGUCCAAGAGACCGUUCGUGCCUGUCUUACUGGUAUUCAUUGGCUCCCUUAUACCUGUGGAUACUCGUAUUCUUCGUUCAGCCGCACAAAACGAGGUUAUCGUCGUUACUGAAAACCGCUGAGGAUUUACACAUCAAGGGGCUCGCCGAGGUGAGCUGGCGCAGCGAUUCCACGCAAAACGACCUGAACAAUACAGGCCACAGUCCCGGCACCGGAACCCCCGGCGUCGAAACGGUCUUGCGGGAAGGCGAAACCGACGAGCCACCACCCACUAAACAGAGACGCAGAGGUCGUCCGCCUCUGGACGACCCACCAUCGGCACACGACGUCUUCACACCCAAGAUCACUUGCAUCACCGGGAACGAGGAAAUGAUGAGCGAGGGCGGCGACCAUGAGAGUUGGGACGACGAGAUGAUGAUGAACGAGAAUAACGAAACGCCACUGCCGGUGCUGUCCUAUAUGCCUAAAGACGACACAUCCGAAGAAAAGAAAGCGGCUAGCACUCCGUCAAACUCUAACGCCACAAAUCUGUCGAUUCCGGAACAAUUCCGGGAUGUAAUAAAGAUGAACGAUUACCUGACGACGGGACGCCGACAAGAGUUCUGGGAGGAACCCUUCACGCGCCGCGUUAUGGACGCCAUCAAGAGCAAAGAGUUAGAGAUGAAGACUGCCGCCGAAAUCCUCGGCGUCUCUUACGGCACUCUCUACGGCAGAUACCGCGACAGUUAUGGUUGCCUUAAACAUCCGUACAGAGUAAGGGAUUUUUGGUCUGAGCCGGGACCCGCAGAAGUGCUGGCGAAAUUGCGGCGGAAGGAGAUAACAUUGUUCCGGGCCGCCGAGUUCCUCAAUGUCACCGUCCACACGCUCGCGACUUAUCUGUCAACGCUGCAGGGUCCGGACAGAAUCUCGUUGGCCGGCGAUCUCAGUGUAGCGUCCAGCGGUAACAUCGACAGCGGCAGCAACAACAACGCGACGGAAUCGACGACGGCGGAGAACAGCGAGUCCGUCAACGACAUCCUACAGAAGAUUAACGCGAACGUGCCAACCACGACGUCGAUCAAGCGCGAGGGCGGCGGCUACAUCGAAGUGCCGACGACAGUGUCGAAGUGUUCCACCACGUCAGUGCUGGAGAACAAUCCGGACAUCACAAUCGUCAAGACCGAGAACAUGCUGCGUAAACGCGAAUAUACGAAAAUGUCCAGCACGGAGAACAACAACGCGAAGCUAAUGAGCGGCGGCGCCGUCAGCGAGGUCACUCAGCAGCAGCAACAGCAACAGCAACAGCAGCAGCAGCAGCAACAGCAGCAGCAGCAGCAGAAGCUCCCCGACCCGUUGUCAUUAAAUAAUGACAACAGCAAACCCUAACUAUUCAGACCCUACUUGACACCUACGGCGAAUCACCACCACCCGCGCAGCGUAGCGCCAAGCGGAGCCAGUUAUAGAUCCGACCUGCAGUGCCCGCGCAGUUUCUAUUCCAAUGUGUUUACUCGCUUUCUCACGAAUUUUCAUUUGAAGUAGACGAAGAAAGACAUAGAAAUGGAACGGCGCUGGAUAACGCUGUUCCCGUGCACGACCGAUUCCGCAAGAGUUAGCCUCAGACAAUCUCGCGUGCGAUCGUUCGCGAUUGGCGGCAAGCCGUGGCUGCGUCGGAGACGAAUAAAGCGGCAGCGAAUAAAGCGACUCCUGCCUUUGAAUCAAUUCCCACGCAAUCACGGCCUGCCGUCGUAUUUUUCACGUAUUAAGAAUAUUAACGUCGCGAAUUCUGCCCUAGCGGAGUUAGUGCCCCGAGUUGACACGAAAUUCCUCUCGUUUUAAUUUUAAAUUCGGCUCGCUUUCGAUCCACGUAAGGUCGCACGUGCACAUACGACCUUGGCCUUUGUAAGACAAAAAAAAGCAAAAGGAGAAACAAAAGGGAUAAAGCGUAUAAUAAAAAGUUCAAUCGAAGUUCCUUUUGAAUAACGAUGUAGAGUGUAUUAUCGCAACAAAGAAUGCCUAUUUUCUGCCGCAUGUGUCUGUAUGGUAAAGAGCGACAAUAUAUUCACCACAAGUAGAUCCAUCAUAGUAAUACACACAACAGAAAGAGAGCAAGCAAAGGAGGGAAAGGGGGAAAACAGAAAGA